GUGUGACUUUGUCCGUGUGUCUUCAGCCACGUAUUCAUUCAGAUAAAGACUGUCUUUUCUUUUUAAUGAAAAUGUAGAUGUUCUUAAGAACAUAUAUUUGAGAACUUCUUAAGAAUUUCCCAAUGGAUUGCACUUAAGAACAUUCUUACAAACUCCUUUUUUUUCGUGAAUUCCUCCGCCCCUCCGCUGGUAUUUUCAUGAUUUGGUGCUUACUGAAGAUAGACACAAAAUGAGUCUUGAAGGUGCCUUAAAAACUAAACUGCUUCUGCAGGAGUGCCAUUUUACUUGGUCUUUGAGAGAAGACAAAGACUUUGUUCUCUCUGAUGUACUGAAUCGUCUUGAGGAACAGAUUCAGCUGGAAUGUAAAGAGGCGAGAGUAACACGAGCUUACAGCAGCCUUGGAUUCAUUCAGUAUCUCUAUGGAAACCAGCAGGACGCACUCGCAAAUCUGCAGAAAUCAGUGGAAAUUGCAAAAGAACGCUACAAAGACAGUGAUGAAGUUCUUAUUGUUACCUAUGGAGACCUUGCCUGGUUGCACUAUCAUAUGAGUGAGUUCUCUAAAUGUGAAGACUACUUGAGAGAAUUAGAGAGGAUAAAUAGAAAUUUUUCUGAAGGAUUCAUUUACACCGUCGAGGUGCUCAGAGAAAAGGCUUGGACUUUUCUUAAAUUCUCUUCCAAAUACUACAAUGCUGCAAAGGAGUGCUUUAGACGGGCCCUUGAAAUGAACCCAGAUGACAGUGAUUUAAAUGCAGGAUAUGCUAUUGCACUGUACCGAACAACAAAUGAGUCCACUGACUCUUCAGACUCACCAACAAUAAAACAGCUUGAACGAGCUGUAGAGCUUAAUCCAGAUGAUGCUGUUCUUUUGCUGUUACUGGCCUUGAGAAUGCUGCAGAACAAAGAUAAGAAGACAUGUGAAGCUGCAUUGAAGGAGGUGGUUGUGGCAGUGAGGAUGUCCCCUGAAAAUCCACACGUCAUAAGAUAUGCAGCAAAAAUUUGCCGCCAGUUAGGAAACAUGGACAUUGCCAUUAGUCUACUGGAAAAAGCCCUUCAGGAUACCCCAAAAUCGGCUUUUAUGCACCAUCAGUUGGCUCUGUGUUACAAAGAGAGAAAAAAAAUAUUUAUGGAAAAGAAACACAGGACACAUGGCAAAGCAAAGUUUAAUGUUAAAGAACGUAAAGAAAUACAGCAAUACCUGCUUAAGUGCAUCGAUCAUCUGGAAAAAGCCAUUUCCCUAAAGCCUUCUUUCAUUUUUGCCAUGGCAGAUUUAGCACUGCACUACGGACAACUUGGUAGCUUCAAAGCUGAGGCAUUUUUUGAUAAAGCAUUUAAAAUGGCUUAUAAUGAAAAGCGAGAUCUGCAGGCAGUUCAUUGUUUAUAUGGCCAAUACCAGCUCUACACCAGAAGAUCUGAACAACUGGCCAUCUAUCAUUUCAUGCAAGGUCUGAGGUUGAAGCCAGAAUCUGAGCAAGGCAAGUUGUGUGAGGACAAACUGAAAAUGAUGAUUGAGCAUCGUAUUUGGCUGAAAAACCCAAAUGACAGCAAGGUGUGUGGUAUACAGGGAUUCAUUCAUGAAGUGAAGGGUGAAAAACUCAAGGCUGAAGAGUUUUAUGAGAGAGCCCUAACAAACGGACUUGAUUUCGGUGAAAGCCUUCUUCUCACAGAUAUGAGGAUUUGGCUCAUGAGUUUCAGUGAACCGGAAAAAUACCAUCUAAACCUUAUUUUUGAUGGAGGAAGUUAUGAUCAGGUCGACAGUGGGAGGCUUAAGAUUUUCAAAGGUGCAAUGAACAAGAAGACUGUGCACUUGGUUAAUAUUAAUAUCUGCAAUGCCAAGAGGAUUCUUAGAUGGGAAAAACUGGCUCCUGGGCCUCAUGUCAUUCUACUUGCAUUUACUCUACAUGAUGGUGAAUUCACAGACCAAACCAAAGAGAUUCUGGAAAACUUGGAGUUUCUUGGAGAGAAAUUCUGGAAUCAUGUCUUUGUAGUAUUUACAGAGGGAAACUGUAGUAUAAACGAAUAUACUGGAGCUCAGAGAAGUGUGUUGGAGUGGCUUCUUGAAAAAUGUGGGGACAAAUACUACAUCUGCGGCUCCAAACCAGAAACUACAAAGAGGAGGGAACUUUCAGACAGAAUAGAUAAGAUGAUCUGCACAAAUAAUUCAAUGCAUCUGGUCUUACCAGACAUUUCAGAUGGAGAUUCUCAAUCCCCAUCAGACAUUUUAAGGAAGCAAGACAUAAAAGAACAUUUUGUUACUCCCAAGGUCAUCAUUCAGGAGGGGAAAAGUAAAUACAGGUUACAGUGCAGCCAUGCAGGCUGGUUCCAUUGUGACUUUACACAGCUUGGUUUUAACAUGGAGGGGGAAGGAGAGGUGCUGUACAGCACUGAUCUUCAGGACAGCGACUGUCCAGUCCCUGCCAACUAUUACCAAGCAGGACCAGUGUAUGAUAUCAAAUGUGUUCAGGGUGAACUGUCUCAACUCAGACUACCUCACUGUGAGACCUCCAUCGAGGAUGCCUGCCACUUCAUGUCAGUUAUACAUUACUCUAAUCAGAUUGUUGAUAUUCUGAAACCUCAAGUUAUCACAAGCUCACAUGUUACAGUGAGCAUCACAGGAACAUCAAAAUUUUUUCUUUCCAAAAAAUCAAACUGGUUUAAAGAUCGCUGGUCUAAGAUACUUGGCCAGGUGAUGGUAUUCUACAUACAGCGGACACACAGGCUGCAUGUGUUUCUAGAGGCAUGCAAUGUGGACCCCAGAGAAGUGAAAAAAGAUAGGGAAGAGUAUACAUUGAUCCAAAUCCCUUGUCAAUGCGUACUUAAAAAUAAAUGUCAGUACAGCAUGUCCUGUGAUUCUGUUGUGAAGCAUGAAUGUUCAGAGAGGCUACUAUCAGAGAUAGAACCACCGGACACAACAUUACAAUUGAGUGAUCAGUGGAAAUAUCCCUUCCCAACAUUUGAUAUAAAGUUGCCAGAUGGUGUGAUGAAGGUGAAUUUACAGCUCAAAAAGAAAAAUCCCAAGAAAGGAGCAUUUGAAGCUAUAUGGAGCCGUAAAAUAACACUCACAGACUAUACAGCAGAAAACAGAAGACAAAGCCUAUCAACCAAUGAACAGUGUUUAUCCUUUCUGAAAAACAACAGAGCUGAACUUAUCCAAAGGGUGAGAAAUGUUCAUGCCAUUUUAGACCACUAUAAUGGCAUCAUUGCAAAGGAACUGAUCAGCAAAAUCACAGAAAUGAAAACAUCUCAGGAAAAAAUGAGGAACAUCUUUGAUUUAAUAGAAUCACAAGGUCAUUCAUCAGAAUUGACAUUUUUCAAAUGUCUUUGCAAGGAAGAAACAGUUCUUAUGAGAGAUAUGGUAAAAGGGGUCAUUGAAAAUAUCGACAGUUUUUUUGUUGAUGAAUAGUCGUUUGAUCUAAUAUGACCUAAUGUAGGGGCCUGCAAUGACCAGUGUGGUGCUGUAGCACAAGGCUGCAAUUCAGCAACAGAGGAACUGAACAACAAAGAAACAGAGCUAUUAACUCCUGCUAUUAAAUUUUGGCUAUACUGCUUUAUAGUGAAAUUACUGACAAUGUUUAGAUUGUGAUGAUUAUGAAUUCUUGGGUUUGUCCAAUUUAUAAUCACCUCUAAAUUACCUGUAAAUACAUUUUCAAAGGUUAAAAAUGAAAUUUAACAUGUAAUAUCUUCACAGUAUGGACCAAUGAAGUGUAAAGUGCUGAGAAUUUGUUUUUUUAUAGCAAUGUGGUUCAGUUGUUAUGCGUUAAUAUAUUUUUUGCUGAUGUUGAUAUAAAUGA